CCGUUAUGGACACAACUUUUCUCCGGAGCUCCGCGCUGCCGCCGCCGCUGCUGCCGUCCCUCGUUCCGCCCGCCGCCUGGACAUGGAUACCCGAUGGGGAUAAGCGCCGCCCGACUUCUCCCAGAGUUUAACCUUUUAUUUUUGUUUUGUUGCUGCCGGAGGACGGAGAAGGAGGGGAAAAUGCCAGUUGCGACUCUUCUACCUUUCACCGCGACCCCGAAUCGGAAGUCCGCCAGCCCGACUUCUUUCAGGCUGACGGAGAAAUUCAUCUUGUUAUUGGUGUUCAGCGCCUUCAUCACGCUGUGUUUCGGAGCUAUCUUCUUCCUGCCGGACUCCUCCAAGCUGCUCAGCGGAGUUUUCUUCCACUCCUCCGCGGUGGAGACCAACACCCGCACCGGUCCCGACAGCAGCGACUCGGGUUCGGCCGGCAGCGAGGACCGGAUCCUGGCCAAGAUCCGGAAGGACCACGAGAAAGCUCUGCUGGAGGCCAAGGAUACUCUACAGAAACGGACCGACGAGAUCCAGGACGACAUCCUCAAAGACAAGGAGAAAGUUAUAAAGGAGGCUAUGGGUCAAGGUGGGAACGACAUCAAUAAUUUACCCUUCGUUGAGUACCGUCGGCCGCCGGGAGCCACGGGACACGAACCCCUGGACCCCGAAACCAGGGAGCGGCGGGCCAAAGUCAAAGAGAUGAUGAAGCAUGCGUGGGAUGGCUACAGACGCUACGCCUGGGGCUCCAAUGAGCUCCGGCCUGUCUCCAAGCAAGGCCACUCCAGCAAUCUAUUUGGCAGCAUAAAGGGAGCGACCAUCGUGGACGCUCUGGACACGCUCUACAUCAUGGAGAUGUUCGAGGAGUUCGACGCCGCCACGGACUGGGUGGAGAAGAACCUGGACUUCAACGUGAACUCCAGGGUGUCGGUGUUCGAGGUGAACAUCCGGUUCGUGGGAGGCCUGCUGUCCGCCUACUACCUGUCUGGGAAGGAGGUUUUCCGUCGGAAGGCGGUGGAGUUGGGAGAGAAGCUGCUUCCUGCCUUCAAGACGCCCACCGGGAUCCCCUGGGCGCUGCUCAACCUCAAGAGUGGGAUCGGCAGGAAACUGGCCCUGGGCGCGGGCUGCAGCAGCAUCCUGGCCGAGUACGGCACCCUGCACCUGGAGUUCAUCCACCUCAGCAGGCUGUCAGGAAACCCUGAGUUUGGUCAGAAGGUCAUGAACAUCCGGAAAGUGCUGAACCGUCUGGACAAACCUCAGGGUUUGUACCCCAACUACCUGAACCCCAACAGCGGCCAGUGGGGCCAACAUCAUGUGUCUGUGGGCGGCCUAGGUGACAGUUUCUAUGAGUACCUGCUGAAGGCCUGGCUGAUGUCUGACAAGACUGACGAGGAGGGAAAGAAGAUGUACUACGAUGCCCUGCAGGCCAUCGAGACCAACCUGAUGAGGAAGUCGAGCGGCGGCCUGACCUACAUCGCCGAGUGGAAGGGGGGGCUGCUGGAGCACAAGAUGGGCCACCUGACCUGCUUCGCCGGCGGCAUGAUCGCCCUGGGAGCCGACGGAGCGCCCGCCGACAAGACGGGCCACCAGAUGGAGCAGGCGGCCGAGAUCGCGCGCACGUGCCACGAGUCGUACGCCAGGACGGCUCUGAAGCUCGGACCCGAGGCCUUCCGCUUCGACGGCGGGGUGGAGGCCAUCGCCACCCGGCAGAACGAGAAGUACUUCAUCCUCCGGCCCGAGGUCAUCGAGACCUACAUGUACAUGUGGAGGUUCACGCACGACCCCAAAUACAGGGAGUGGGGCUGGGAGGCCGUCCAGGCUCUGGAGCGGCACUGUAAGCUGGAGGGAGGCUACAGCGGCGUCAGGGACGUCUACGCCUCCACCCCCAACCACGACGACGUGCAGCAGAGCUUCUACUUAGCCGAGACGCUCAAGUAUCUCUACCUGCUCUUCUCCGACGACGACCACCUGGCGUUCGACCACUGGGUCUUCAACACCGAGGCUCACCCGCUGCCGGUCAUCAGGAGGGACAAGACAGAAGCAAAACCCAACCAGGUGGAGUAGAGCGUCUCCCUGCUCCGACGCCUCCAACAAUAAGGAAACUGAUCAAGAAAAUAAAGAAAAGAAAAACCCGAGUGCGAGAACCUGUGAUCCUGUAUAUCUGAGCCCGCCGCCGCCGCCAGACGCCUCUCGGUCGGAUCCCGCCGGACUUCUCGCUGUUCGAUUCCAGUUUUAUUCCCCAAUCUUCAGCUCUGGUCGGAGUCCAGACGUUAAAGACCACAAGCAACGGAUUCACCGCGGGCUCAUGUGAAGGCUCGUGGCCAAACGUUCCCUGCAGGAAAUCCCACCGGACCCCACAUCCUGCGUCACGGUUCGAUUCCCCCCGCUCCGCCGGAGGAGCCACGAGACCGGCCUCUUGCAACGUUGGCUCCACGGCAAUGGGUUUACGUGUGUUUUCUACCAAGGAGAGAACCGGCGGAACGUCCUGACGUGGAUCUGGUGGACCUAAAUGAUCUGGAUCUGGUGGAUCUCUGGGAUCUGAUGGACCUGUGUGAUCAGGAUCUGGUGGACCUGUGUGAUCAGGAUCUGGUGGGUCUCUGAUUGACCUGUGUGAUCUGGAUCUGGUGGAUCUCUGGGAUCUGGUGGACCUGUGUGAUCUGGAUCCGGUGGGUCUCUGUGAUCUGGAUCUGGUGGACCCGGGCAGAAUCCGGCUCUCUUCCUGCUGGAGCAGCGCUCCACCUGCCACCCGUUUCACCUCCUCCACCUUUUCCCGGAGCGUCGUCUUCUGUGUUUUUUUUUUUUUCCCCAGGAGGCUUCACCACUCCCGACACCUUCUCCUCUGUUUUUGAUCGUUUUUCUCCGUUUUUGUCAAUAAAAUUGCAGAUUUUUGAAUCAAAUUCAAAUUUUUUUUUGUUUUGAAAAUUCACCAACAACUACAAGGUUAAGAAUUUCAACUGAAUAUAAGUUUGGUGAUUUUUUUUUUUUUUUUAAUUUAAGUGUGAUUGUUGAGGAAAAGACUAAAUUUGUUGGAAAGAGUGCAAAAAAAUGUGAUUAUUUCCUUUUUCUUUGCUUUGUUUUGUCUCAGCCAUUCUCUGAUUUUUCCUUUUUGGACUCUCGUCGUCUGAAACGGAAACUUUGACUCGAUUCUUGAAGUUUAUGUUUUGAAAAAUGAACAAACGCCUUCAGGAAGAGGUUUUUUCUUUCCACACAGUCAAUAUUCUCCACCAGGAGACGCUGAACGGACCAUAGAUCCGACCGGUGGCGCCCGUCUCCACUGUGACAUCACUUCCUGUCUCUGGCUCCGCCCCCUCUGUGAGGAGACCCUCCACUUUACUGUAACACAACACAAAACACACAUGCAGACACACACACACACACACACACACACACACACACACACACACACACACACACACACACAGAGGAAGCCAUACUGAUUCAACACAGCCUUCCAACAGUACCGUCAGUGUUUCUCUUCUGUCAUCCUCCAACACACACACACACACACACACACACACACACACACACACACACACACACACACACACAGGUGUAGUUCCACAGUUUGUCCUCAGUGUGGCGCUCACCGCGGUUGAUUCGGCAGACGUGUAGCUCCAUUAAAUCCAGUUUAGUCUUCGAUCUAGUGCCUUCACGGUCGGGAAACAGGAGGGAGAAGCAGCACACACACACACACGCACACACACACACACACGUCUCUGAAUGUUUCCGGAAGCUUCGGCUCACUCGAGCCUCAUUUUAUGAAUAAAAAAUGAAAUGUGUGUUUGAGAUCUUCCUCCUGAAUCAGUCGAGCUGGGCUGGUUUUUCCGUUUGCCUCCACUGACAUCUAGUGGCGAGAGCAGGUUAUUACAGUCCACAGCAGAACCAGGCCGGUCAGAACACACACACUUCUGUUCAGGAGAAACCAAACGGUUGUAUCAGUCUUCAGAAGAAGCGAUUUCCUCACUCUGCACUGCAAGCAGCAGAGUUUUUCUCCGUCUCGCCGGGUUUCCAUCACUUUUCCAACUUUCCUUCUGUUUAUUGGUGACAGAUGUCGGUCGGAGAGUCGUUAAAAGUCUCUGAAUAAAACAUUUGGAGUCAUUCAUUUGAGGCGUUUUCACACCGAGUGGCUGAGUUGAGUUGAUAAGAAGUUUGAUUUGAUGAGUUUCGUCUUUUCUGAUUUGCAGAUGUGUCCAAAAAGAAAAAAAAAAAAAAACUCAAAUCCUUUUGACUGAAUUACUGAGUUUUCAUACGGCGACAGCUCACAUCCCAGACGGUUCGUAACGGUUUCAUUUAAUAACCAGCAAACCGACAGAGGCGGCCUGGCUCGUAGUGUGGAAAUCACAAUAAUCCUUUUUACGUUAUCGAUGGCUGAAGAACCUUUCCAACUUCAUUUCAACCUCUGUCACGACUGACUUCACAAACUGACCAUCGAUCUUUGACUGAUGCUGUUUCAUUAGCUAACAGGCUAGCUAGUUCAGUUAAAUGCUAAGUUUGAACGUGUCCAGAGCAGCAGGGUCUUCAGUCAGAUCGCUGGACACAGCUGCUCGAUGGACUCAAAACGCAAAUCAUCUCAUUUCCUCCAAACGUCUGAAUCUGGUCAGAAAAGACCGAAUCAGAGCCACUCUGUCGGGUUUUUCCUUUUACGUUUUCAGUUCUCCCUCUGCUGAUUCCACGCAGUUCCUCCUUGGAUCUGAUUUCUGAAAGUUAAAAACCAAAAAGCGGGAUCCUCCUCCUCUCUCUUCUUACAUAUCAGUCUGUCCGCUUUCCUCUCCGAGCUGAACUCUUCGCACCGCCGACGGCGUUCCUUCGUUCCGUCGGUUUAGUUUAUCGUCGACGUGUUGAUUUUUUUUAGCUGAUUGUGUUAAUUUAUUGUGUACUGGUUCAUUCGGGGAGGUCGAUCUGCCAAAACCAGUCAGAGUUCCUGUAACUUCAGUCUCGGCGAGGUUUCACUGGGAUCGAGCGGUUUUUACGGUGCAGUCCGGUACUUUUACAGCGGUUUCAGUCAUUUUGGCAGAACGGGACGAGGAACCACCUGGGAGAACCUCGGAGAGUUUAGGAAAUGUCUGAAUGUACCAUCCAAUGUGACGUGAAGAAUAUUUGUGUUUUUUUUUUGUUUGUUUGUUUUUUUCUUUUUCUUUUUGUCUUUGUUCACUUCUUUUUGAAGUUUGAUUUAAUAGUUUUUCUGUUUCUGGGAAAGCACAAACAUUUAGCAUGGUUAAAGAACCGAAUUCUGCUCGCUUGCUGAAAGGUUUCCCCAGUUUCCUUCCAAUUUCAAACAUUCUUGGUCAUAUUUUAGUGAAUCUGGAUUAGCUUUGUCAAGCGUUCCACUGCCCUCUUUGGGUCAAGGCGAACUCCUGGAAACUAACCCCGAUAGCAGCCGUGCAGAAUUCAGCGUCUUGCCAGUCACUGAAAUAGGAAAUUAUCCUAAACAGCAAACAUGAUGUUCAAUUGUUUUCUGUGUAUUUCUGAGGAUGUGACACACAAACAAGGAAAUGGCGUUAAAAAUGGAAAAAAGAAAACAUGCCACACUUUCAUUGUCGCCAUAUCAGCACAUUCUGAGAAAUAGUACUUUUUAAUUGGAAAAAUAUGGACAAUAUUUAGAUUAAAAGGCGACACGCCCUGAUAUCUGUGUCGGCAGUUUUUCUAGAGGUGUGAGGAGCCGAAAGUGUUUUUACUCCGUCUUAAGAGAGAGAGAGUGAAUGGCUGCUACGAUAAGGACAGGAGCUCAGGUACAGCUUCAGCCUCGGAUGAAGGCGUUAGCCGCCAAGCUAGCACCUGGAAACAUUUUACAGACAUUUCACCCAAUCGCAGAAAAUUCAACAAUUAGCAAAAUUCUUCUAAAUGAUUUCAAGUUUGUAAAGUUUUAAAGUCGCUCUGUGAUACAUUUGAUUCUUCUAAGUCACUUCAUUGAGGUUUUUUUGGGUGAAGCUCUGAUGCUAGCUUGGAGGCUAACUUCAUUAGCUGUCUAAACAAAGUCGUCUGUCUCUCUAAUGGACAGGAUUGACCCAACACGCCAUCACAGAUCCAGCUACUGGAGAAUCAAACUCCUUUCUGCUCCUGACAUCUCUAGAAAAGCUGUGAGCACAAAAAUCUCAGAGGUUAUGAAAUUAAAACUCUUCAGCCUCUUCUACAUGGAGCUGAACCAAAGAAGUCAUUUAGUUUUCACUCAGUAUAUUUAAAAAAAAAAAAAAAAUUUUAGUUGCAGGUUUAAUGUUUUCGGAUUAGGAUCUUAAUUUUUUUUUUUUCUCACAUUUGAAUCUUGUUUUUGGUUUUAGUUUUUUUUUUUCCACUUUCAAAACUUUUUCACUUUCAGAUCACUGUUUUUGUUUCAGACUCUUUUAAAUUAUUUUAUCAAAAUACUUUCAGACCUUAAUCAAAAGUGUUUUAAUCCAAAAAAAAUUGAAUGCAUUUAUUUUUAUUUUGAAAACUGUUUUUUUUUUCUUUUUUUUUUUUCAAUUCAAGAUCAAACUUUCAUAUUGAAAAAAAUUAAUAUGAUUUCAAACAUUUUUAAUUAACCAACCUUUUGGGUUUGAUUCAGCUCCAUACUUCCAGCCUUCAGUUGAGUUUUCUCUUUUAGAAAAUUUUCUGUGAUCACUACAGAUUGAGUUCAGAAAAAAAAUGAACCAACUCUGUCAAAUGAAAACAUUUCCUGUUUAAAACAAUGUGUUAGACCAAGAGAGGCUCUGUAGUUUGAUUAGUGAUUGCACCUCCUUAUGAGUAAAAUACGUUUUCCUUUGAGAAUAUUCGAAUUAAUGACACAGUUCAGACAAAAUCUACCUUUGUUGUUCAUUAUGAAAUAAGAUAUGAGAGGAGUAUGAACUUGGGAUUUAAAUAUCAUCAGAAUCAAAUUGUAUAAUCUUUAAUGAAAUGUUUACAGUGAUGCACUGUUUCAGAUUUAAUUGAUCUAUUUUAGCUGAAUUGUUAUAUUUAAGUGAUGUAUAAAAGGGUCUAGUUAAUAAUAUUGGCUGCAGAUAAAAGUUGUGUAAUUGUUGAUUUUUCAAGAGUUUUAUGAGUCCUGAUCUGCUGCUUAACUCCAAAUCCCCCCUUUAGCUGGAGGCUGAUCUGCUGACUCCACCUGAAGGAGUGUGUUGUUGUGUUGAUUCACCAGAGUCACAUGUUCCUCCACCUUUCUGUUAGUGAUAGUUGAAGGGAAGCGCCGCCGAUUUCAGGAAUUCAAAACCUCUCAUUGUUUAUUUUCGAGAUGAUCUUUCCAGGAACUCAUAAUUCUUUACAAAGGAACUAAAAACGUUGUCAUUCCCCUUUAAUAAGGGGUAAAAAGAUGUGAAAUCAACCUCAGAAACGUGUCGAUGUUCAAAAUGUUUUCGAUAAUCAUUCCAUUGCACAGAGUUUACUUUGCAUUGAUAUGCAAUCUUUUAAUUUUGUGGGGAAAUUUUGUUUUAAUGUGUUAAUAUAUGUUGUUUAGAAAAAUAAAAGAUUUUAGAAAAUGUAAAUAUUCCAUUGGGGCAAAUGAGCCGUUCUACAUUUAUAUGAAAAUCCUCUGAGCUUCUGGACUCAAAUGAUGUUAAUGAGCUGCAGACUUUUUAAUAAACUAUAUUUGUUACACUUCUAUUGUGAAUAAAACCAAUCUUUUAUUAA